AUGUCGUACAUCUACAGAGAAAGAGAGCGCGAGGACUACGACCGCCCGGUCACCAUCAAGCGGUACGUGGUACCCUCUGAGGACCGUGAGGAGCGCCGCGAGUUCUCAAUGAGCCGAGAUGACUUUGGUGCCGACCGCGAGCUCGUCAUACGUCGCAAGACGGAGCGCGAGGAGCCCCUGACUAUUUCUCGCUACGAGCGCGAGAUCGACUACGAGCCGCGCCGAUUCGAGCGGGACUAUUACGAACGUGAGUACAUACAACCCUACAACUAUCACCAUCGCACGAGAUCCGCAGACCACUUGCAUCCCGGGUGGAACCUGGCCCCAAGGUACAUUCGAGAAAAGACAGUAAUAAUGAGACCAGCCCGAGAAGCCGAGUACGAUGUUGUCCGCCGCUCCGAAACCGACGAGGACCCUUACUACUAUCACAGCCGCCGCCGUGUCCGCGAGUACGAUGAUCGCCGCUCGCGCCGUGAAUUGAGCCCGGGUGAUUCCCUCUCCCAGGCUAGCCGUCAUCAUAGAGAUCGUGAUGGCUACAGCAGUGACGACAGUAUGGUCUAUAUCCGGAAAGAGACCACCCGUGAUUAUGAUGACGACCACCCUCACCACAAGCGUCACCUCGCAGAAGGCGCUUUAGUAGCUGUUGGUGCUGCUGAACUGAUGCGCAGCCGCAGUAAGCGAGAAGGUAAAGAGGUGAGCCAUGGCCUUGGACGUGCUGCAAAGACCGCCGGUGCUGGUGCUCUAGGUGCUGUCGCUGUCAAUGCUGCAGGUCACAUCCGUGAUUACUACCGCAGUAAGAGCCGAAGCCGUCAUCGCGCACGCUCCUUUGACGAUGAUCGUUCGUACCAUCAUAGUCAUCACAGCCACCGGAGCCGUGGCCGUCACAGCAGUCGCAGUCGCAGUCGCAGCCGCUCCCACUCUCAUUCCCGUGCGACGACCCUUCUGGAGCUUGGCCUCGGCGCCGCUGCAGUGGCUGCCGGCGUCGCUGCUAUGCGUAACAACAAGAACAAGGAUGAACGCAAGAGCCGCUCUCGGACUCGUUCCCGCUCUCGCGGCCGGACCUUGAGCACAGCUCGCCCGGAGAACGAUGAUGCUCGCAGUCAGUCCAAGCGCCGUCAGCACAUUCUCGGUGCUGGUCUGGCCGGUGCUGCUGCUGCCGGGUUGAUUGAGCAUGCUCGAUCUCGUUCCAAGUCACGCAAGGGUGAGCAUCCUCGCUCUCAGAGCCGCCUCCGCAAGGCCUUGCCUAUCCUGGCUGCCGGCUUAGGUUCCGCUGGUAUAGCUGGACUUUACGAGAAGAACAAAGCCGAGAAAGAGGGCAAAGAGCCUGUCAGUCGCGAAUCACGCGGGUCAAGAUCUCGUAGCCGUGCCCGCGGCUCCGAGAUGUACCCCGAUCCCGCUCGUGACUCGACUGGUUUGAUCGAGUACGGCAACGAUCCUGUUGCAGGAAGCAUCCCCGCUGAGCACUACUACGGCCAGCCACCCGCCCUUCAAAGCGGUGCAUACUACUCGGACGGAGGUCACAGCCGACGUCACAGCCGCAGCCGCAGUCGCAGCCGCGCUCCUCGCUACAGCAGCUCUUCUGGCUCAGACCGGGAGCGCCGCCGCAGCAGGAAGCAUCGCAGCCGUUCCCGCAGCAUCGCUGAGGGCGUCCUUGGUGCUACUGGGUUGGGAUAUGCGGCACACAAGUACAAGCAGAGUCGGGAUCGCAAGGAAGAGCGUGAGCGUUCGCGUUCUCGAUCAAGGACCCGUGAGUUCGCCACUAUACCUCCCCCUGUUGGCCCAGCCAAAGUUGACCCCAAACCAGGAUACGACCAUGGUGCUCCCCGUGACCCGUACGAGGAAUCCUACGAUCCUGAGCCUUACCCCGUCUCUCCCCAUGCUGCUCCACACCCACCACCUCCGGACCCGAACUACUACCCCCACGCCAAUUACUUCCCUCCCCCACCUGACUCGACCACAAACUUGAACGCCACCUCUCAGCCCUACAACCCAGCAGACUACCCUCACCCACCAGGCGCCGCCCCUCCAGCCGAGCCUUACAGCUAUGGUGCCGCUGGAACAGGACCAGAGCACUAUGCUCCACGGCCCCGGCGAGCAGACGAGAAUGUGAGUACUCCCACUGAUAAGUACCACACGCGCUCCGGUCUAAACAACGAGCCUUCCACCGUUCCGCGCUCCGGCAGUCAACCCCCACCCCCCAAGUCAGUGUCGUUCAACCUGACCCCGGAGGCAGAGGACAACGAAGACGCCGGGUAUAACUCCGACGACAGUGACUCGACCAUCCAGUCACGUUCUCGUCCUCAUUAUUCUCGUCGUCGCUCGUCGUCCGUCCCGUAUCCACCAAUAGCCCCGCCUCAGUCUCGUGAAUAUCAUCACCAUAACUCAAAGCAAAAACCCUCUAGUCAUCACCAACCUUCGGAAUCAGAAUCAGAUUCGACUGUUGAUCUGCCUGAUCGAUUUGACUCCCAGGGUCGUCUUCUUAAAGAGAAAGAGGACCCGGCUCUUGAGACAAUCGAAGAUCUGAUUAACAAGUUCACGCGAGUCUUGUUCUGA